CCUUGACCAAAUUGACCGAUAAUCUCAUCUGGGAGGAGGGUUGUGUUCAAGUUAGAGAAGGUGUUAGCUUAAAUCUUGUCAACAAACUCCUGCCGAGUGUUUUUACGACUUCUCUUAAAUGGACAUUUCUCGUAAGGAACAUUUUCACUUCAAAGGCAGCAGUAAGACCUAGUUAACUGUUGUAAAUUAUUAGUAAAAUGUUGCAGAUGUUUACACGAAGUGGACGUUUUGUUUAGCUAGCAGGGAAACGCCAGUCUGCUAGCGCCAGCUACCUGGUGAACGACGGAUCUGUUUAAGGCCCAGGAGACGGGUGGCUCGAGAUUCAGCUGAGUGAUCCUAAAAACAUAAAUACAUGUCAUCUAAACAUUGAGCCCUGGAACCCUCCAGCUCACAGCCUGGUGUAUGUUUUGAGGUGAGGCCAUGACAACUAUCAACAUAACCAGGGAAAUCCUGCACAGGCAGAUAAGUGAUAAGAGAGCAUCGGGCUUCCAAAGGUUCCAUCAUGUGACCGAUCCUUUUAUUAAAAGACUUGGACUAGAGGCUGAGCUCCAGGGCCAUACUGGCUGUGUAAACUGUUUGGAAUGGAACGAAAAAGGAGAUCUUCUAGCUUCAGGUUCAGAUGACCAGCAUGCCAUCAUCUGGGAUCCUUUCAAACACAAGAAACUUACAACUAUGCACACAGGCCAUGCAGCAAAUAUAUUUUCAGUAAAGUUCCUUCCGCAUUCUGGAGACAGAAUUUUGGUUACGGGCGCGGCUGACACUAAGGUCCAUGUGCACGAUGUGACCGUGAAGGAAACCAUCCAUAUGUUUUCUGACCACACCAACAGAGUCAAACGCAUCGCCACGGCGCCCAUGUGGCCCAACACCUUCUGGAGUGCCGCGGAAGACGGCAUCAUCAGACAGUAUGACCUGCGGGAGAAUAGUAAACACUCAGAGGUGCUUAUUGACCUUACAGAGUUUUGUGGUCAGCUGGUUGAGGCCAAGUGUCUGGCUGUCAACCCGCGGGACAACAACUACCUGGCUGUCGGAGCAAACGGGCCGUUUGUUCGUCUCUAUGACAUCCGGAUGAUUCACAACUACAGGAAAUCUUUGAAUCAGGGCACAUCAGCAGCUGUGCACUCAUUCUGUGAUCGGCAGAAGCCCAUCCCAGACGGAGCUGGGCAGUACUAUGUAGCAGGACACCUGCCAGUGAAGCUGUUAGACUACAACAGCAGGCUGAGGGUCCUGGUGGCCACUUACGUUACCUUCAGUCCAGAUGGCACCGAGUUGCUUGUAAACAUGGGCGGAGAACAGGUGUAUUUGUUCGACUUGACCUUUAAGCAAAGCCCGUACACCUUCCUGCUUCCAAAGAAAUGCCAGUCAUCACCAGGAGAUGUGCCGAAUGGAAAGACGGCAAACAGUGUCUUCAAUGGAAUUCAUUUCCCUUCCAGCCACAUUUGCUUUGCCGAAAACAAAACUCAACUUAGCUCCACUGAGCUCCCGCCUUACUUGGAGAAGAUAAAACAACAAGCUAACGAUGCGUUUGCGCGACAGCAAUGGACGCAUGCCAUCCAGCUGUACAGCUUAGGCAUUCAUAAAGCCAACCACAACGCAAUGCUUUAUGGGAAUCGAGCUGCCGCUUAUAUGAAGCGCAAGUGGGAUGGAGACCAUUACGACGCCCUCAGAGACUGCAUUAGGGCUCUCACACUAAACCCCGACCACCUGAAAGCACAUUUUCGACUGGCAAGGUGUUUGUUUGAGCUGAAGUACGUGGCAGAGGCGCUGGAGUGUCUGGAUGAUUUCAAAGGAAAGUUUCCGGAGCAAGCCCACAGCAGCGCCUGCGACUCCUUAGACAAAGACAUCCGGGCCGCACUUUACACCAAGUCAGAAUCAGAGGAUAAAAAAGCAAACAUUCGGUUUCACUCCUACAACCGGAAAGAGUCCAUUCCCGAGGACGAGCUGGUGCUGAGAGAGCGCAGCUUUGACUACAAGCACAGAUACUGCGGCCACUGCAACACCACCACCGACAUCAAAGAGGCCAACUUCUUUGGAAGCAAAGGACAAUACAUCGUCAGCGGCUCUGACGACGGCUCCUUCUUCAUCUGGGAGAAGGAAACGACUAACCUGGUGAGGAUCCUGCAGGGGGACGAGUCCAUAGUCAACUGCUUACAGCCGCACCCCAGCUACUGCUUCCUGGCGACUAGCGGUAUUGACCCUGUGGUUAGGUUAUGGACCCCAAGGCCAGAGACUGACAGUGAGAACGGACGUGUGGUGGAGGACAUGGAGGGAGCUGCGCAGGCCAACCAGCGGCGCAUGAACGCCGACCCUCUGGAAGUCAUGCUGCUGAACAUGGGCUACCGGAUCACGGGCCUGCGUGGCGUGGGCCCGGACGGCUCGGACGAUGAAGACAGCUCAGAAGGACAGGUGCAGUGCAGGCCGAGUUAACGGAUUUAGCCAACAAAAGCGCCCUCCCGGCUCCUGUCUGUCCCCUCUCCCCGCCCGCCCGCCUGACAGAGCACCGAGUGAGCCUCUGCACUAUGCAUCACUCUCUCCUGUCUAAAGCCAGGACUUGCGCAGACCAGGUUAGGGAGAGGAAUUCACGCAGGGUGACUUUAGCAUCCUCCAUCCUUUCGAAGGCACCAACGAAAACCUCAGCCGCUCUCUCUCCAGCCUCUGCUGGCCGGGGAGCUUCUUUGAGGAGAGCACCUUCUGCUUCUCCUUGGGUUCAAGGUGGAGGAACGCUUAGAAGCAGCGGAAGCGCUGGCCAGAUGACCCGUUUUCAGGGAAGCAUGGCUACUUCGUCACACCCCCACCCCUAAGGUGGAUCAGUUCACAUAAGAGAAAAUGCUGCUGUGCUGCUGUUUCCCUGCCUGUCCUCUAGAGGGAGCAGCAUGUCCCGGUGCCCACCCUGCACAUGCAAGUCACUGCUUCAGAUUUUGACUGUUUUCUGUUGGCUUCGCCAGACUCAAUUGUAUUUAUAAACUUUGUUUAGUUUACAACUGUGAGAAGACGCUCUUUUCUCCUCUCCCAAAGGUUUCCAUCUAAUCAUUACAACUGCCAAGGAUGUUGAUGCAGGUUUCUCCGUUUCUUUGAAUCUGACUGUGGCACCUUUUGGUUUGGAUGACUGACUUGUAAUAAAGAUUUUUUCUUACAUGUA